AUGGCCGCGGCCGCGGCGGGCGGAGCCCCGGGCCCUGCCCCCGGCCCCGGCCCCGGCCCCGGCCCCGCGCCCGCCCGCGCCCCGCCGCCCGCCCGGAGGCGCGGGGACUCGCGGCGCCGCCAGGCCGCGCUCUUCUUCCUCAGCAACAUCUCGCUGGACGGGCGGCCCCCGAGCGCCGGCCCCGGCGGCGAGAAGCCCCCGCCGCCGCCGCCCGCCGAGGCCCGCGCGCCGCCCGCGCCGCCCGCCCGCCCGCCCCCCGCGCCGCCCGCGCCGCCCGCGCCCGCCGGCCCGCCCGCCCGCGCCGCGCCGCCCCAGGGCCUGCUCAGCCCCGCGCCCGCCGGCCUCGGGCUCGGCCUCGGGCUCGGCCUGGACGGGCAGCGCCAGAGAAGACGCGUCGCCUCCCAGCGCUGCUCCCUGGAGCUCCUGGAAGACCCUGUGGGCUGCGCCUCUGUCCAAAGGACCAAACCCAUCUCUGGGUCCCCUCGGCACAAGGGCCUGAAGAAGACCCACUUCAUCAAGAACAUGCGGCAGUACGACACGAGGAGCAGCCGGAUCGUGCUGAUCUGCGCGAAGCGCUCGCUGUGCGCGGCCUUCUCGGUCCUGCCCUACGGCGACGGCCUGCGGGUCAGUGACCUCAGGGUGGACAGCCAGAAGCAGAGGCACCCGUCCGGGGGCGUCGCUGUGCCCUCCGAGAUGGUCUUCGAGCUGGAAGGCGUGGAGCUGGGGGCCGACGGGAAGGUGGUGUCCUACGCCAGGUUCCUGUACCCAACCAAUGCCCUGGUGGUGCACAAGCCCGACGGCCACGGCCCGCCCGCCCCGCCCCGGCCCAGCGCCACCCGCACCCUGCCGGGCUCCAGACACAAGCCUGCCUCCGCCAAGCCGGUGCCAGCGAGCUCAGAACUAGGGAGCGACGGGGACACCCUGGAGUACAACCCCAACCUCCUGGACGACCCGCAGUGGCCCUGCGGCAAGCACAAGAGGGUGCUCAUCUUCGCGUCCUACAUGACCACGGUCAUUGAGUACGUGAAGCCCUCGGACCUCAAGAAGGACAUGAACGAGACCUUCCGCGAGAAGUUCCCGCACAUCAAGCUGACGCUGAGCAAGAUCAGGAGCCUGAAGCGGGAGAUGCGCAACCUGUCAGAGGAGUGCAGCCUGGAGCCCGCGGCCGUGUCCCUGGCCUACGUCUACUUCGAGAAGCUGGUCCUGCAGGGCAAGCUCAACAAGCAGAACCGCAAGCUAUGCGCGGGCGCCUGUGUGCUGCUGGGCGCCAAGAUCAGCGGCGACCUCCGCAAGAGCGAGGUGAAGCAGCUCAUCGAUAAGCUGGAGGAGCGAUUCCGAUUCAACCGGCGGGACCUGAUUGGCUUCGAGUUCACGGUGCUGGUGGCCCUGGAGCUCGCGCUGUAUCUGCCCGAGAGCCAGGUGCUACCGCACUACCGGCGCCUCACGCAGCAGUCCUAGCGUGCCCUGCGCCUCCGGAGGAUGCUGCUUCCAGCCUAGCGCGCCGGGGCGCCGCGAGAGCCGGGUUCCACGUGAAUAAGUGCGGUUUUGGGGUCAGGGCCGCUGGCACCUCAGUAUGGCAUAAGCCUGGGGCAGGCCUGGAGCCUGAACUCCCCAGCCUGCCCCACUGGCCCAGGGCUGUCUGGGCGGCCACAGUGCUGAGUUGCAGAGUCGGUGUGGGGAAGCCUGGUGCCUGGCCCCGGGGCACUCAGAUCUGUUCCUCCCAGUGCCACUGUGAGUCCUGCUCCUGCGCCGCCUUUGGCAUUUCCAGGGCUGCCCCCGCCUCUCUCUGGACCACAGGCUGCACCUCAGGACAGUCAUGGGGCUCCCGGCUCCAUGCCAAGCAAUAUGCUGACCAAGAAAAACCACGUAUUUAGUGUAGGUUGGGGUUUGGUUCUGCGCGGAAGCCUGGAAAGUGACUUGAAACCACAGACCCCAAUAGGGAGGCUGUGGGCCCACCCCACCCCGCCCAAGCAGGGGUCUGUUCUGGCUGGCCCGGCACCCUGCGCCCCCCACACACAGGUCUUGGCCAAGCGUGUCCGCAGGCCUGCUCGUGUGGAUCCCAUGCCCAGGGCUCCAGCCUGCCAACCAUCAGCGUCACUGGACAGAGAACCUGGACUUUUCAUGGGUCGUGACCUCUGAAGGGACCACGCUGCACCCCUGCUGCGGUGACCAGAGACCCAGGGCAAGGCCCUGCAUGCCAACCACGUGGGUGGUGCUUCAGCAGAGGCUGCUGCUACCCACCAGGGCGCCUGACCACCAUCACCCCGGCCCGAGCCCCCAGGGGUGCAGGCCCUGCUGCUCACUCUGCCCAUUAUCACAGAGCCCAUCCUCUCCCACGUGGUCCCUCUAACCCAGCGCAGGGACAGGAUGGAUGCCAUCCCUGCUUGCAGCAGGGUGUUCUGGUUUACAGCUUAGCCCAAGGACAAGGUGCCCCCUGGGAGCUCACCUGCUUUAGAGCUUGAUAGAUGUGCUAAUUUAAGUUUAUUUAUGUAGGAAGGUUUUGUUAUUUGCCAAACUGGGGCUACCUUUUUGGUUUGAAGCCCCUCCCCCAUCUCCUCUGUAGGCCCUCAAGAGCUACCCUGGGGGGUCAUCACUGAAGCCAAAUUUCAACCCACCCUUCCUACUCCAGCACAACCCAGACCCUGAGGUGGGGCCGCCCCCUCAGCACCUGGCGCCAGGGUGGGGCGUGAGCUGUGCCACAAUCUGUUCCAAAUGGUGUUACUGUAUUUGUGCUUGAAAGUAAAACUUGGUUUUUGCAAGUUCGUAGGUUGUGUCUUUGCAGCUGACCCCCCAUGUGCCCCAUCCCUUUCCAGCUGACCCCCCCCACACA